CAUUCUGUCCAGUUCUACAGUCCACAGCUGUAACGGUUCUGGACCGUGUUGAGGUGGAAACAGGCUGACGGAGCAGUAGGACCCUGAGCCGCCACAGCGGCACAAAAGGAGGAGGAGCCUGAAUAUGAACCAAACAACUGUCCACACCCUACAGCCCUGAGAACUUCCUCUGCAUUCCUGCCACAUACACACACACACACACAUACACUAAGAAACACACACACGGCUGGGAGGAACCACAGUCUGAGACAGGACCGUUGAGGCCGUGUGGGCCUGCUGUGGGACUGGACUCCAGCCUUGUCGACGCCUUGCAGCCUCAGCAUGAGUAAGGUGGGGGUUGAUAGAGACAGUGAUGGUGUUGGCACCACGGGCCCAUCCCGCCUCACUGAGACCUGUCCAGACCAGGAUCCAAAGCUCCUGAGCAAACUGAAUGUGGGCAGCAUCGGUCAAGGAUGGACCAAGGUGAACUGUCCCUGCUGUGUGUCAAAGCAGGUAGAGCCGCUGGUUCUGGUGAAGCUGGGAGAGUGGGUUCGCCCUGAGACCAAGAGAUGGCUCAUGAGACUUAUUGGAGCAUCACAGAAAGAUGGAGGUGCCGCUUUGCUAGCCCAUCCUGGCGAGAAUGCCACCGGUGAUGUCAUCGUGGUGUCGGCCCCACGUUGCACAUUACUGCGAGCCGCUGAGGAGCUGGGACUUUGCAAGAUGUAUCGUAACGGGGACAUGGAGGCAUUCCAUUAUGACGACAGAGACAAUUUUAAAGACUCAGACAACAUGGAGGCGUUGCUGACACUGGCCGAGCGUCAGUUCAUCGUGAAGUACGAGCUGGAGGGCCUGCGGGCUCAGAAGGACCUGAGGAUCCCCGGCCUACCUGACGAGGCCAUGCUGCAUCACCGUGACAACAUCUGGCAGAAGCUUGUGAAGGGUGGCAUGAUUGUGGACAUGUUUCCGCUCCAUAACCCGGACAAACUGGCGGCUCUGAGUAAGGCCUGGUACUCUGGGAACCAUCUGGUUCAGCCGCUAGAUUCCAUCAAUGAAUAUUUUGGAAGCUCAAUCGGUUUCUACUUCAGCUUCCUUGACUUCUACACUUGGUCUCUGCUGCCACCAGCUAUACUGGGCCUCAUCAUCACAUAUUUUUCAGGUGAAGUUCAGAAGGAGAUGAUGCAGUCAUUCUCCAGUUCUCAAGCCACGGGCGGUGAUGAUGAUGAUGCUGGUCUUACCAUCAGCGGUUACAUGAUCCAGGCCGUGUUCAGCAUGAUCUGGUCCACCAUCAUUAUGGAGAUGUGGAAGCGCCGCAGCUCCUCCCUCUCCUACCGCUGGGGGACUCUGUACCUGGCUGAGCGCUUUGCCGAGCCCCGUCCUAGUUUCCAUGGUAAACUCGGUGUCAACCCAGUCACGGGUCGGAUGGAGCCACUGUUUUCUGAAUGGGAGAGGGACCUGCGUGUGGCACUCGUGUCACUUCCUGUGGUCGGGUUGUUUUUAGGGUUGGUCUUACUGGGUAUGCUGGGGUUCUACUGGGGAGAAACUCAGGUCCGGCACCUACAUAAGGACUGGGACUCUUUGCUGUCUGAGAUGUUGCUCUACAUGCCCUCCAUUCUCCACAUCGCCUACACAAACAUUCUGGCGACUGUUUACUGCAUGGUGGCUCAGACCCUGACUGAGUUUGAAAACCACCGAGAGGAAUCAGCAUUUCAGAACCAUCUGACAGCCAAAGUCUUGGUGUUUACUUUCUUCAAUUACUUUGCAGUACUCUUCCACAUCGCCUUCUGCAAACAGGAUAUGCCUUUACUUCGAAAGCGUUUGGCGUCUCUGCUGAUCAUGAGCCAGUUGGUGAACCAGGUGACAGAGGUCGUCAUCCCCUUCCUGGUGGACCGGCUUGUCAGCGCCCCCCAUAGAAAAGAGACUGAACAUGAUCCACAGGAAGACAAAUUCAGGAACCAGUUCCUGCUGCCCACUUUCCCGGGGCUGUUUGCUGAGUACAUUGAGCUCCUGGUGCAGUUCGGUUACCUGAGUCUUUUCUCCUGCGUCUACCCUCUGACCGCCGUGCUGCUGCUCAUCAACAACCUGACCGAGAUCCGAUCCGACGCCUACAAGAUCUGCAAGCUCUUCCGCAAACCCUUCUGCCCCCCGGUGGCUAACAUGGGUGUCUGGCAGGUCGCCUUCGAGGUCCUCAGCUUCGUCUCCGUCAUCUCCAACUGUUGGCUGCUGCUGCUGUCGCCAUUGUUACAUGAGCAGGUCCAGGAGGGCGGGGUCAGCCCUACAAACACUCUGCUAUUGGCUGUUUUGAUUGAGCAUUUGCUGAUCCUGGUCAAGGUGUUGCUGGCGGUUCUGAUUCCAGAUGAACCGGACUGGAUCAGGAAAAAGAUGGAGCAUAUCGAGUUCAUGUCCAUGCAGGCGCUGAGACAGCAGAAGGUGCUUCCUGAAGAGUCCUGAAUCUGCUUUAGUGGGUCCAGGAUCUGGUACCACGUGCACAGUGACGUGCACAGCGGCCUUGAGUCUUUGCUCUGUGCCCUGUGCUGCUUUAAGUGUUAACCUAUAGACUUCUGCAGCACGGCGCUUCUGCAGCGCACCUUCAUAUCGCACCGUAAGAGCACGUAGAACUGCAGCAUUUUAUCGCAGUAUUCCACGGCGAGUGGAAUGUCUCCAUUAAUAACACGCAGGAUGCCUUUUAAUCAGGUUGAGGUUGGAUUCUUUAGAUGACAAAGUGUUUGGUUUUACUUUCUGAGGCAUAAACAUGCAGAAUACUUGAUAUGUUUUAAUCUUCAGGACUCUUUUACGAAGUGUUUUAUGCUGGUUGAUGAGCUGCAGUUUGUGUUUGGGUUUGGAGAAAAGCAGUCACAGCGAUUGAACAAGAAUCAGGUUUUCAUUUGAGGAAACAUGAGUCACAGCACCUACGCUGUGGUAGAGAGGUCAGUGAGGAAAGGGUCAACAAGGACGGGGUCAAUGUCUACCCAGCUAAACACCACAAUUCAUAUUUAGAUGGGAAUCUGACCUUUGACCUCAGUGACCUUGUCCUUCACCCCAAUGAUUGACCUUGCUGGCUGGCGAUCAUCAUAUGAGCACUAAAUUAGGUCUAAACAGUUUCCUUGUGGACCUUCUUCCACAUGUCAAGUCUGGCAGAACUCAAAGUACCACAGACAUGACCUUGAGCCCAGUGAUUGACCUUUGGCUAAUUUGACCUUGCUUGGGCAAUUCCACAACCCAGUCACUGUACAUAUCUGUGCCACGCUUGGUGCAAAUUGGACUAAAACU